AUGUCUGCGUUUCAUCCGCCUGUCGGCCUGAGCAUCAAUCUCUCUUCAAACAACCCCUUCCGCAAUCGUGCUGUAUCUCCAGCCUCUCCCUUUGAAGAUCCUCCUGCCCGUCCUCUAUCCCGCAACCCUUUCCUCGACCAGUCCUUGCCUCCCGUGAGGUCGCCUGGAACCAUGUCGAACCACUCAGACUCCAAAUCCCUCUCCGCUGAGGAAAUAUUUAACUCUCUCACACUUGAUGAUAAGAAGGGCGAGAAGAAAGCUGAAUCAUCCUCGGGGACCAAGCAGGGUGACCUCUUGGGCCUGGGUCUCGACAUAUCUGGAAGCAAACCCGCCCCCCCAACUCAGCAACGUCAUGGAUCUAGGCCGCGGCCAGGAGGACCAGGGUCGCCAUCGCGAAGACCCCCACCACAACAGCGCCGUCCUCGACGAAAUUCCGAAUCUUCAGUCCUUGAUUUCGAUGCUAAGCCCCUAACUGAGGAAGAGAAACAAAUUAUUGCGGCUAGGCGGCGCGAAAAUCAACGAGAAAGACGAGGUCGCCCAGAAGGCGAUGCACGAGAUGACCGCGAUAAGAAAGACGAUCGCGAAAAGAGAGAGGGCCGUGAGAGACGAGAACCCCGUGACGGCAAGUCCCGAAGCAAAACUGGUGGUAGUGGUCGACCCAGUCGCAGGAUGGAUAUCAUCGACCAACUGGAUGCAACAAGCAUUUAUGGCCAUGGAGUCUUCCACCACGAUGGGCCUUUCGACGCUCUCAACCCUCAUCGAAAUCGCCAGGCGAGCCGAAGGGCUCCCAUGCAAGCCUACGCUAAGGAUUCCACCAAUAACUCCUUGGGAGGAUCUGGCCCACUGAACAAGCAGGCGGACCAUUCAACAUUCCUAGGCCACAGCAGUAGAGAGGCCUUCAGUGACUAUUCAUAUAGCUCCAAAGAUAAGGACCGAAAUGGCUACUCUUCUCAGCCGACCAGCACUGUGACCCCAGUUUUCGACCCCAAGGCUCGAGGCGAUGCAGUCCAUGGAGAGGAGAGCGUUGGUUUAGGAACAACAACAUUCUUGGAGGGUACGCCUGCCGCGAGAUCGGCCAUCGCUCGCCACCAUAAGGAGCAGUCCGAGGAAAUCGCCGAAGGUGGCUUGCAGCGCAAGAAAUCCUUGGCUCAGAGGAUCCGAGGCAUCAACAGACCACAGCGUGAUUUCGCAGGUGCGCGGAUCAACACGCCCGAGGCGCAAUUUAACAACAGGCGGUCUCCUGGGGCUACAAGCGCUGGAAAUGAGACGAACCCUUUCUUCUCAGAGUACGGUAAGGGCGAGGAGUACUUUAGUGUGAAAGCACGAGACGAUGCAAUGUCGCCAACAAGUCCAGCAUCAUAUCCAAGGCGAGGCUCCGCAGGCGGACCACUUGAAAGGCGAGCAACCACAGAUGCUCAACCCGAGGAAAACACGAAGCCCACCGGCAUCCUCGGCCGAAUGAGAAGUUUGAAAGGCGGGAGGAGACCCAAGGCUAGCGAGCCCCUCAGCCCUAACGCUACAUAG